CCCGCAUGCGCAGGCGGCGCCGGCUGGGCCCUCAGGCGGGGCGCAGUGAAGCCGUGACGGAGGCAGAGCGGGGUGGGCUGGGCUGGCAGCGAGCAUGGCGGUGGCGGGCAGGGUGCUGGUGUACGGGGGCAGAGGCGCGCUGGGGUCCCAGUGCGUGCGGUACUUCAAGUCCAGGGACUGGUGGGUGGCCAGCAUCGACCUGGCGGAGAACGAGGACGCCAGCGCCAGCGUGGUGGUGAGGGCGACCGACUCCUUCCCCGAGCAGGCCGAGCAGGUAACAGCAGAAGUUGGAAAACUCCUUGGUGAAGAAAAGGUGGAUGCAAUCUUGUGUGUAGCAGGAGGGUGGGCUGGAGGCAGCGCCAAAGCUAAAUCGUUAUACAAAAACUGUGAUCUGAUGUGGAAGCAGAGUGUUUGGACAUCGACUAUUUCCAGCCAUCUAGCCACAAAACAUCUGAAAGAAGGCGGCCUCUUGACUUUGACAGGAGCUCAAGCUGCUUUGUCUGGAACCUCAGGGAUGAUUGGCUAUGGCAUGGCUAAAGGAGCAGUGCAUCAGCUGUGUCAGAGUUUAGCAGGUCCCAAUAGUGGCUUGCCGUCUGGGUCUGCUGCAGUUGCCAUUUUACCGGUUACCUUAGAUACACCAGCAAACAGGAAAUCAAUGCCUGACGCAGAUUUCAGCUCCUGGACACCCUUAGACUUCAUUACUGAAACCUUUUACAACUGGAUAACAGGAAAGAAUCGACCAAACUCAGGGAGCCUAAUCCAGGUGGUGACUACAGGAGGGAAGACUGAACUAGUUGCUGCAGCACAUCUUUGAUGUCAGCCUCUUAAGGUGGUGGAACUUCAGCAAAGGAGAAGCUAUGGGAAGUCUAUGUGCCACUGUAAUUUGGGUGAUCUUCUGUAUCCAGUAGUUAUGUCGUUAAUGGAACCAGAUUUCAAGUAAUAUUUCUGUGCUGCCAGUGUGAGCUAUCAUAAUUUGUUUACCAACAAGUAUCAAGUAUUUGUCUCUAAAUGAAAGUUGCAGGCUUGAAAGUCUGUGCAUAUCCUAAUUCUCAGCAUUAUAUGUCGACUUACUUGUUUUCUCUGAAAUGGGAACUGUGCUUAAUUAUGUCAUGUAAUCACAUCGUAAUGGUUGGCUUUUUUUCUUGGUUAGUAAGUGUUCCAGGCAACUUCCUGUGAAUCUUCCAGUAGUCUGUCUGUGUUGGAGAAUAUAUCCCUCCCCCUACAUAGUGUUGGCUGUAACUGCAGGAAACACUGCAGAAACACACCAGUCCUUGUCUGGUAACAUUUUUCUUGUCAAUGUUUCACUUGCAUUAAUGGAACUGUAUGGAGAUUACGCACUUGAGAAGGAGUUUCUAAUUUGCCUUACAGUUUAUAAGCUGCUGUCAGUCAUUCUGUCAAAUGAUUAGUAUGUCUUUGUGUUAGUCAUGAUGGUUCUUUACUCUUCCAAGAAGCAAAGUGCUGUAAAGAAGUACUAGAAAAAACAUAUACACACUUCUAUUUGAAUAUGGAACUUUUUGUGCUAAAUAAAUAUAUAUUGUUUUA